AAAUUGGCAGGGAAAACAGAUACUAAGUCAAAAUGAUUACAAUGAACGAGUUGGUUGAUCUACGAAUGCAGCAACAUAUUGCACAUGAAAUAUAUCGACAGCAAAUUAUGCAACGGAUUCCAGAUCCAUUUCCACCAAUGCUGCCCAUUCCAAUGCCAAGGCACGUUAUCAUGCCACCACGUGUAAGUCUCCCAGGAGUAGAUGUCAACUUACAAAAUAAUGAACUUUGGCGGCAGUUUCAUCAAAUUGGUACAGAAAUGAUAAUUACUAAAAGUGGCAGACGAAUGUUCCCAUCUUUACGUCUCUCACUUUCAGGGCUUGAAGAGGAGGCUAACUAUUGCGUUUUACUGGAAAUGGUGCCAAUUGGUGAUUGUCGUUAUAAGUUUUCGGGAUCCCAAUGGGUACCAGCGGGUGGUGCAGAACCGCAAAGUCCUCAACGUAUGUACUUACAUCCUGAUAGUCCAGCCUCUGGUGCACAUUGGCAAGCUCAGCCUAUACUUUUUAAUAAAGUUAAACUCACAAACAAUACACUGGACAAUAACGGACACAUUGUAUUGGCGAGUAUGCACAAGUAUCAGCCACGCAUCCAUAUCAUUCGCACGGCGGAUCUAACGCAGAUACCCUGGGCACCGCAACAAGCAUUCUUAUUUCCAGAAACUGAAUUUGUAGCAGUCACUGCCUAUCAGAAUGAUCGCAUCACAAAAUUAAAAAUCGACAACAAUCCAUUUGCAAAAGGUUUUCGUGAAACUGGACAGUCGCGAUGCAAGCGUAAAAUGUCUUCAUCACCCUCCAAUGAAGAUCAUGAUAAUAAUAUGCAACAGGAAGGCCAACAACAACGACUUUUACAACAACAACAAAGUGAUCUGUCGCCGAUGAAAUCCAAUUCAACAACGAACAGUAGUGAUUCGGUUCCGUCAAUUUGUUUUGAUAAAACUGCAUUAGGAGCUUUGCCCGAAACCAACGAUUUUGAAAUUAGUCAACAAAUUAAACGCAUAAAAUCAAAUGGUUCCGCUUGCUCUACAACGUCGCAAGAAGAAAUUAACAUAAUUAGUGGUAUUAGCGAAAUCGACCAGAUUAGCAGAGCUCCAAUUUUAAAAGCAGACCAUGAUUUGCAUAUAUCAGCACAUGGUUGCCACCAGCCGCCUAAUUUAACGCUUGCCUUUGGGAAUCGUGGCAUUAGCACUGGCGCUGGAACGACAUCAACUUUUAUGCAUAAUUUCCAACAGAACAUGCAAACACUAUUGCGACCUUCUAUUGCUGAUUUAGCUUGUACGUAUUUCAACAGACCACAAUUAUUAUAUCCACCUAACAUUUACUCCCAGCACACUCUUUUGGUUAAUGAAGCAGAACCAAACAAUUUAACAACUAAUACGAAGUUCGAUGUGCAUGAAUCAUUUCAACUUGCGUCUAUGCAAUUACACUCUGAUACUGAAACUGAUGAUGUUAGAAUUAAUAUCAAUGAAUCAGAAACGAAUGCAGAAGUCGAUAUAGAAGCCUCUUCGAAAUCAUCGGAUGAAACAUUGGAAAUUCAAGAACAGCAAUCAAAUAUUCAUUCUGUAAAAUCUCCAACUAAAAGAAACGCUUUCAGCAUUUCAGCUAUUCUGGGUGGGAACAGUUGAAGUUUGAAGUUUUUGAAAUAUUCUGUGUAAAAAAUCUUC